GAACGCCCCCCCAGAAUGACCAGAACCCAGACUCUCACUUUAAUAUCCAUGGCAUCUGUCAACUUCAGCUCCAUGAUCUGCUACUCCAUAUUAGGCCCUUUUUUCCCCAACGAGGCGGUGAAGAAGGGAGCCAGUCAGACUGUGGUUGGUCUCAUAUUUGGAUCCUAUGCCGUCUUCAAUUUAAUUGCUGCUUUGGUUUUGGGAAAAUAUAUUGUCCAAAUUGGCUCAAAGUUCUUGCUAAUUGCAGGACUUUUUGUGUCGUCAGGCUGCACCAUAAUGUUUGGACUGCUGGACCGGGUUCCCGCGGGAGCUCCGUUCAUCACGCUGUGUUUCAUAGUCCGGUCUGUGGACGCUGUGGGCUUCGCCGCUGCCAUGACCUCCACUUUCGCCAUGACAGCAAAAAUAUUCCCAAACAAUGUGGCGACUGUUUUGGGAAGUCUGGAGAUUUUCACGGGGCUCGGGCUGAUCCUGGGCCCCCCGGUGGGGGGCUGGUUCUACCACUCUUUUGGAUAUGAAGUUCCCUUUCUGCUUCUCGGGUGUUUGCUGUUGAUCAUGGUUCCUUUCAACUUUUUCAUCCUGCCAUCUAUUGAGGCAACUCCAUCGAAGGAUUCGUUCUUUAAACUUCUCAGCCACCCGAAGGUUAUCCUGAUUUGCUUUGUGACGUUCACGCUCAGUUCAGGUCUCGGCUUCUUCGACGCUACGUUGUCGCUGUUUGCAAUCCAAACGUUUAAUCUCUCAUCUGGGUACGUGGGACUCAUCAUGAUCGGCCUGUCUUUACCAUAUUGUCUGGCGUCGCCACUGAUUGGUUAUUUCACUGAUAAAUAUCCUAAUUCCAGGAUCGGGUUUAUGGUGACGGGAGGAAUCAUCACAGCUUCUGGGUUCUGUCUUGUUGGCCCCGCCCCUUUCCUCCAACUCCCCAGUCAGCUGUGGGGGCUGGUGUUCGUGCUCGGCCUGAUCGGGUUUUCUCUGGGCAUGACCGCCAUCCCGACCUUCCCCGAGAUCAUCAUCUGCGCGCAGGAGAAGGGCUUGGACGACGGCCUCAGCACCCUGGGGAUGGUCUCCGGCCUGUUCGGAGCCUUCUGGUCCAUGGGGAUGUUUUACGGCCCGACGGUGGGCGGCCUCAUCACGCAGCAUCUCAGCUUCCAGUGGGCGGCCACGGUCCAGGGAGGCAUGUGCUUUCUGGCCACUUUCCUCCUCGCGAUUUACUCCCUGUGUUGUUCGAGACGGCAAAGGGAGCCGGCAGGUCGACGGCCGUCGGAUGAGAGCUCUCCCCUGCUGACCGGAUGA